AUGACUCAAAAGGAGUUAAAGGACCGGAUUAACCCAACCAGACGAGGUGAGGGUAGAGAUAAUUGUACCGCUCCUAUUUGGGAUUACUUCGAGAUAGAGUGGAUAAAGGAGGAAGAUAGAAUUGAAAGAAAGUGGGUCGAAUGUAAUUAUUGUUUAACAUUACUAGUCGCGAAUGCAAACUGGAAUGGGACAACUUCAAUAAACAAGCAUUUUAUUUGCUGCAAGUUAAAUCCGGACAACAAACUGAAUGAAGAUGAUGACAAACAACAAAUGUUGUCAUUUACGAAAGCUCUUAAUGUCUCUGUAUCCCUUCCUUUCUCAGCAGUCGCGGCGGCCGUUCUUUGCUCCGAGCAUCUUGAUUUUGUGAGGAUGGUGAGAGUUAGCGUGUUGAAUGAUGCUCUCAAGAGCAUGUACAAUGCUGAGAAAAGGGGGAAGAGACAGGUCAUGAUCAGGCCUUCUUCAAAAGUUAUCAUCAAGUUCCUUAUGGUUAUGCAAAAGCAUGGCUAUAUCGGUGAGUUUGAGUAUGUUGAUGACCAUAGAUCAGGAAAGAUUGUGGUUGAACUCAAUGGUCGCUUGAACAAAUGUGGCGUCAUCAGUCCCCGAUUUGAUGUUGGUGUCAAAGAAAUUGAGCCAUGGACUGCUAGACUUCUUCCUUCAAGACAGUUUGGGUACAUUGUUUUGACUACAUCUGCUGGAAUUAUGGACCAUGAAGAAGCAAGGAGGAAGAAUGUUGGUGGUAAAGUGCUUGGUUUCUUCUACUAAAUGUUUGAGAUUUUGGGAGGUCAAAUGCGUAAUUUAGGGUAGAAGAAGUCUUUGAAAGAAAUUUGUGUUUGUGUUUUUCGAGAUUGGAUUUUUGUUAAGGCGAGAUCAUGGUUUUGGGUUGGAGUUGACGAUGUCAUGUUGGACAUUUUCCAUAUUUUAGGUUUUUAAAUUUUCUGGCAUUACCUACCUCUCUUUUGGAUCAAGUAUUUCUCAUUUUUAAUUUUUAA